AAAAUUUCCACAUCUUCGGCAGCAGACGCGCGUCUUUUUUUACGAGUGGUUUUUUCAUCAUUAUAUGUGAAAGUUGCCAUUAAAAUCAAUUAUAAAUUCAAGCAGAAACACGUUUUUGAGCAGACAUAAUAGAAAUCUGACAUGGACCGACGCCUGAGACGCCCGCGUCGCGAUGAGACUGCAGCCGCUCCUGUUGCCUCCACACAGCCGAGCCUUCUGCCCGUUACCCGGCGGGCUGGCUCACUGGCAGCUGCAGCCGCCAGUGGCCCUGCGACCCGAACACGUGUCUCGCCCUCGCGCAACAAGGCCAUACAACCGAUCCCAGAAUUAGAGGUGGGACCACGCACAAGGCGCUCCAGCCGACCUCGCUCCUCGGUUGGACCGUUAACUUCAUCUCUGCACGGCAAGACAUCGAUCAAGUCGCCAACACCCAUCAGAGAGGUUCCUGAGGAAUCAGCGCCCGUGCGGCAAGCGACAAGCAAUUUGCCCAUGACCCUCACCACCAAUACCGCCAGCCGGGCACCCAACAAAUCCUUCAACACCAGCUCCGUGAAUAGCAGCGCGGUGAAAACAUACAGCAGCAGCAGCACAAUUACGGAACACAUUGAAAUACGCAGCGAAGGCGGGGGCGAAGUGGAUAUGAACGCUUUACGCAAACGGAUCACAGAGGGAUUGCGGCGAUCCGUGUCGAAGACCUUUUCGAAUUUGGGCGGAACCAAAGCGACCAACACAGAGGAUGGCAGUCGCUACAGUAGAAGUUUGUCGCGAUCGGUAUACGAGGAUGAGAAGUCAUCGAAGCAGAGCUACUCCACGGGGGAGGAGGAUCUGUACGAGGAGGAUGAACAGGAGGAGGACGAGUUCCGCAGCUUCAAUGACACACGACAAUCGACCAAUCUGGGCGAAACCUCGUGUCGCCAGAUGAAGUCGCCCGAGGAGUUUGGCGGCCGGCUGGGAGCCUUCCUGCUGCUGCUUUUGGUGCCCUUUUGUGUCUACUAUCUCACAUGGAGCUGCGCGGCGCGCAACGCUUGCCAAUUCAAGAAUGUCAAUCUAGCAGUUCUGAUCGACUGGAACUAUCUGUCGCGCCAGGUGUUCCAGGUCCGAGUGGUGGGCUCCUAUGUGGCAUACCAAGUGGCUGUCUUCCUGCUGGUGGCCCUGUUGCCGGGACGGCGUGUGCAUCUCACCCGGGAAACCUACAAAUUCAACUCGUUGGCCGUGGCUUUGGUGCUGAUUAUUGCCGGUGGCUAUGCCGAGUAUAGGAAGUAUCCCGUCGUCAGCUAUAUAUUGCGUCACUAUCUGCGCUUCUGCAUCUUUGGGAUUGUGAGUGCCUUCGUGGCGGCUGCCUGGAGCUAUUGGCGCGUGGACACUGCCAAGUACAAUGUGCUCAGGCACAAUGUGUCGAACGAAUACGGCCGCACCGGGAGCUUUGUGGUUGAUUUUGCCCUCGGCAGGCAGCUGAACCCCAAGUGGAUGGGACGAGUGGACUGGAAGCAAUACUACUAUCGUCUGUCCUUGAUCAGCACCCUGCUGUAUGCAACAUGUUACAUCUACCAGACCCUGCAGUGGCCCAAGCCGCAUCCCAUGUCGGACGGAAUUACCCUGGCGAAAUAUUACUUCAACAACAUUCAGUACGAUCCGGGCACUUUGCUCUCGGCCAGCUGCCUGAUGCUCUACGUACUCGACGCUAUUGUCUUUGAGCAUCAUUUGAGCUCGUCCUUCGAGCUGCAGUACGAGGGCUACGGCAGUCUCCUGCUGCUGCGCUAUGCGUCCACACCCUACCUGCUGACAGCCGUGACGAAAUACUUUUACGAUCAGCGUGUGCCCAUCACCUGCUGGUAUGCGCCCAUCGGAGUGGUCGCCCUGCUGCUGCUCGGCCUCUGCGUGAAGCGCUUCAGCAGCGCCUACAAGUACAAGUACAGGCUUAACUCGCAGAGCCCCAUCUUUGCCAACAUCGAGACGAUUCACACCUUCCAGGGCAAUCGAAUUCUGUUGACCGGCCUCUGGGGCCAUGUGCGUCAGCCCAACUACUUGGGCGACAUCAUUGCAUUGGUGGCUCUGGCCACUCCCAUGGCGCUGCGUCUGGCCUGGCCCCCAGUCCUGGGCCUGGGACUGCUCAUCCUGGUGCUGCUGCACCGCACAACACGCUCGAAUGCCCGCAACCAUGCGCGCUACCACUCUGCAUGGAAUCGCUACUGCGCCCGGGUGCGGUACUCCAUUCUGCCGAAGAUCUUCUAAGAUAUCCCAUUCUAUAGUUUAUUUUCAGUUCAGUUUUCGAGUUUAUUUUUAUUUCUGUGACCAUUUUGGCUUUGUUUUAUUUUAUGUUUCGAAUUGUAUAUAUCAAUACUCGUGCAUCAAUUUACCACAACCACAACACCAUCUCUCAUUGAUUUUAGUACAAAAUUUGAUUAUAUUUUCACCAACGGACAAUUAACACAACUACAUUUAAACUUAAAUAAGCUUAGUUAAGCUCAUAUAAUAGUAGCUAUACGAACAUUUAUAUGUACAAUAGGCUGUACGCUUAAGAUUAAGACACCAUAUUGACUACUCUCUGUAUAAAACAUACUUACACUUGUAGCAAUUACUUUAUAUAUUUAAAUAUCAAUUAAAUAAAUCCUUAGUUUCUAUACUAUA